AUGCUCAAGCCCAAAGACCUGUGCCCCCGAGCGGGCACGCGCACCUUCUUGGAGGCCAUGGAGGCAGGCAAAGUGCACCUGGCCCGCUUUGUGCUGGACGCACUGGACCGUAGCAUCAUAGACUGUCGUGCAGAGCAGGGUCGCACGCCGCUCAUGGUGGCGGUGGGACUGCCGGACCCUGCUCUGCGCUCGCGCUUCGUACGGCUGCUGCUGGAACAAGGUGCGGCCGUGAACCUGCGGGACGAGCGCGGUCGCACGGCACUCAGCUUGGCAUGCGAGCGCGGCCACCUGGACGCCGUACAGCUGCUGGUGCAGUUCAGCGGUGAUCCCGAGGCAGCCGAUUCGGCUGGCAACAGCCCGGUGAUGUGGGCGGCGGCGUGCGGCCACGGGGCGGUGCUGGAGUUCCUGGUGCGCUCCUUCCGCCGCCUCGGUUUGCGCCUCGACCGCACCAAUCGUGCUGGCCUCACGGCGCUGCAGCUCGCCGCAGCUCGCGGCCACGGGACUUGCGUGCAGGCCCUCACUGGGCCUUGGGGUCGCGCUGCGGCCGCGGCCGCGGCUCGGGGCUCUAGUUCCGACAGCCCACCCGGCCGCCCGGCCCCUGCGCCCAGCCCGGAGCGGCGACGACCCAGCCCCCGCCGUCUGCCACGGCCUCUCCUGGCGCGCUUUGCGAGAGCAGCGGGAGGUCACAGUGGCGAGGCAGGCUCGGGAGUUAAGGGCUCGGGCCGACACCGGGCGCAGGGCAACGAGCGACCUGAAUUGGGCCGGAGCAUGAGCCUGGCGCUGGGUGCCGUGACCGAGGAGGAGGCGGCCCGCCUACGGGCAGGGGCUCUGAUGGUCCGACCACAUUCUCCCCAGUCUUCAGGGACUGGGCGGUGGCGCUCGCAAGAGGUGCUAGAGGGUGCGCCUCCGACCUUAGUGCAAGCCCCCAUUGGCCUUAGCCCCCACCCCGAGGGCGGUCCCGGCUCCAGUCGCCUGGGUUUGCGCCGACGCUCCACAGCCCCAGACAUCCCCAGUCUAGUGGGGGAGACAUCAGGGCCCGACAGCGGCCUGGAGUUAGAAGCCAAUGCUCUGCCUGUCACGGUGCCUGGGCCGCAACCUUGGCAGGCUGGCACGGAGGCAGUGGUGUUGCAAGCCCAGCGGUAA